UUUCCCCUGACAGCACGCACCGAGGAUGCUGAAGUAAUUGGUGGACCACGACGUGUUUUAACACGAGCUGAUGAUGACGAUACUGCUGAUGAUGAUGAUUUUACAAAUUUUAAAGGUGUCAUCGAUACCGGUUCGGGAUAUCCUUUCCUACAACCCAAUCCAUCGGUGAUACGUGUGGGUUUCUUUGAUUCAUUUGAUG